UCCAACAAGGAUCAUCGGAGAUGGCCUCGACGACGUCGACGACGGUGAUGGUGGCGGUGGUUGUGGCGUCGCUGGUUGGCGGCGCGGUGUGCGGCCCUCCCAAGGUCCCCCCCGGCAAGAACAUCUCUGCGACGUGCGACGGCAAGUGGCUGGACGCCAAGGCGACGUGGUACGGCAAGGCGACGGGCGCCGGCCCCGACGACAACGGCGGCGCGUGCGGGUACAAGGACGUGAACAAGGCCCCCUUCAACAGCAUGAACGCGUGCGGCAACUCCCCCAUCUUCAAGGACGGCCUCGGCUGCGGCUCCUGCUACGAGAUCAAGUGCGACAAGCCCGCCGAGUGCUCCGGCGAGCCCGUCAUCGUCCACAUCACGGACAUGAACGACGAGCCCAUCGCCGCCUACCACUUCGACCUCGCCGGCACCGCCUUCGGCGCCAUGGCCAAGAAGGGCGAGGAGGAGAAGCUGCGCAAGGCCGGCAUCAUCGACAUGCAGUUCCGCCGCGUCAAGUGCAAGUACCCCGCCGACACCAAGAUCGCCUUCCACAUCGAGAAGGGCUGCAACCCCAACUACUUCGCCCUCCUCGUCAAGUACGCCGCCGGCGACGGCGACAUCGUCGCCGUCGACAUCAAGGAGAAGGGCUCCGACGAGUUCGUGCCCCUCAAGCACUCCUGGGGCGCCAUCUGGAGGAUCGACAGCCCCAAGCCCAUCAAGGGCCCCAUCGCCAUCCGUCUCACCAGCGAGGGAGGAACCAAGCUCGAACAGGACGACGUCAUCCCAGAAGGAUGGAAGCCCGACACCGUCUACACCUCCAAGCUCCAGUUCUAAUUCCUUUAAUUAUUUAAUCCACCUCCACCAAUAUAUUUCCUUCCUUCCUUUUUUUUUCUUUCUUUCUAUCAGUCAGGAGGAUCGGAUGAUCAUCCAUCCCUCCAUCCUAUCUUUCCCUCCCUUAAUAUAUAAUUCAUAAAUAAAGGAGGCGCGCAGCAGCAAAACACACCCUCAUUUAUCACAUUUUACAAUAUUCCUCAACCCGUUGCGUCUUCA